AAGUAUGGAUGUACUAAUAAAAACAGCAUUCCUAGGCGUUUUCGUGUUUAUAUUUUGGAAACUUGGUAGUUUUCUGCUGAAUUAUAUCAAACUUUGCGUGAAACUGAGAAAUGUUCCGCAGAAAAAAGCUCAUUGGUUGGCUGGUCACGCUAAAGAGGUAAAAGACUCGGUAACAUAUUUCAAGUAUGCCGAUGAUCUAAUGAAAGAAGGCAAUAAAAUAUAUUGCAUUUGGAACGGUCCGUUCCCUCUGGUCGGUGUAUGCCAUCCAGAAACAUUUCAACAGCUUAACAAACAGGCGCUAAACAAAUCACGAGAAAUUGAUGGUCCUUACAGAUUAAUUGAGCCAUGGGUUGGGGAAGGGCUUUUAGUAAGCGGAAGCCAAAAGUGGGAGAGAAACAGACGACUCCUUACUCCAGCGUUCCAUUUUGACAUUCUUAAUGGAUAUGUAACCGUGAUGAAUGAUGUUGCAGACAUAUUUCUGAAUAAAAUAUAUGAAUCAUCACAAAAGAAUGGAUCAGUGGACGUGUGCCUCUAUGUGUGUAGAGCAACUCUAGAUAACAUGCUGCGUUGCUCCUUGUCCUAUGAUGGCAGUAUGCAGGAAAAUGUGGAACACACCUACGUUAAAGCAGUUCAGAAAUUAGCAACAAUAAUAUGGCACAGGAUGACGUCAGCACCUUUACUUUUCGACUUCGUUUUUAACUUGUCUCCAUCCGGACGUGACCAUAAUAAACUAGUGAAAGAAGUGCAUAAAUUCACAGGGGAAAUUAUAGCCAAGAGGCAAAAACUUCUGGCAGACCAGCCGGAUCUCACAAAACUAAAGAGACGUCUUGACUUUCUUGACAUAUUGUUAACGGCAAAGGACGAGCAAGGGCGUGGCUUAUCACCGCAAGAAAUACAGAACGAAGUCGAUACAUUCACGUUUGAAGGUCAUGAUACGACAGCCUCGGCAAUUAGUUACGCUAUCUAUGCAUUGGGGCAAUAUCCGGAAAUACAGGAAAAGGUGUACCAAGAUGUCAUCAAUGUUGCUGAUGAUGUCGACGAAAUAACACAGAACGAGAUGAAUCAGUUCAAGUACCUCCCACAGUUUAUUAAAGAAGUGAUGAGGUUUUACAGCACAGUUCCAUUGAUAUCCAGACAAAGCUCUAAAGAAGUUGUUCUAGAUGGCAAGACGGUGCCACCUAACAUAAGAAUUGAUAUUAACUUACGAGCCAUACUCCACAAUCCAGAGAUCUGGAAAUGCCCUGAGGUAUUCGAUCCAUGUAGAUUCAACACCGAGCGCCGAGAUUCAAAUGAAAUAUACGGAUUCAUUCCAUUCUCAGCAGGUUCAAGGAAUUGUAUUGGGCAAGUAUUUGCAAACAAUGAGAUCAAAAUAGUGCUUGCAAAGCUAGUAAAGAGGUAUGAAGUUCUACCAGUUAAGGGUCACAAACACGAAUUGCUACCGGAUAUAGUAAUGAGAUCUUUCACUGGACUCCCAGUCACCCUUAAAUCCAGAUAAGCAUGGUGUGGGAAAUGAAACAAUCCUUGAAAAUGAACACUAUUGUAAUGGGUAUGCUGAACGCUUCAACGUCACUUGUUUUAUAUACGGUUGAGACUGAAUACAACCAUAUAGCAAAUGUGUUUUGUUUACGGAGUUUAAUAUAGCAGUAAACAAUAUUUUAGUAAGAUCACAUUGUAACGCAAAUCCUUUUGAUAUACAUGUUAAAAUAUUCAAGUCAAUAUUUUUUCUACAGUGUUCGAUUCGUUGAUAAUAAUAUGUUUAUUGAUAUUUUGAAACAUUGAAUGAAUGCUGUUAAAUUCCAAAUUAGAUUAUAAACCUAUAAU